UAGCAGCGCACUGAUUAGGAUAUAUUUAAUUAUGAGGAGCUUAAAGUAUUAUAAAUCAGAAAUUAUUAUCACAGUUGCUCUAUGUGUUAUUGGACUUUCAUCGGGAGCCAGACCAAGAAAACCACCAGACAGAAAUUCACAUGGGAAAGUAAACGUUUCAGAGCUCUCCAGUACUAACUCAGAUAUUCUAACGUUCUGUGAUUUCAAUGACAAUUCAAAGCCACUCUGUGAGUGGUCUCAAGCAACGAAUGAUCAAGGAGAUUGGAAACGAAUUUCUGGCUCAACCCCAACUGAAAUCACAGGUCCUGAGGGAGAUUAUCCAGAUGGAACUGGUUAUUAUAUCUACCAAGAGGCUGAUGAUUUCACUGACGGCCAGGCUGCCAAGCUGAACAGCCCAUCUGUGACAGUAUCGGGAGAUGUGUGUGUACAGUUCCGAUAUUUCAUGUAUGGAAUUGAUUCAACCAAUGCUCUGAAUGUCUACGUGGAAACGUCGACCAUCGAGAAGAAAUGGAGUUCAAAAGGAAUACAGAGUAAUGUUUGGUUACUUGGAACAAUCGAUCUCAACUACAUGACGUCAACUAGUAUAAAAGUGAUUUUUGAAUCUGUUCGAGGGGCCACGAAUUCAGCUGACAGUGCUUUGGACAAUAUUUUGAUCCGGAGAGGAACCUGCUCCGGUUGCAUCCACAGCUGUGGGUUUGAUGAAAUGGACAAUCUGUGUGGCUGGACUAAUGAGGGUUUGGCAUUGUGGGAACAAUGGUCAGGGGAGACUGAGACUGACGGCACUGGGCCAGAUGAUGACCACUCUAAACCAGGCCUUGGUAAAUAUUUGUUGCUGGACUCCGCCUGGACGAAUCCCGGGGACAUCAGCCUACUAAAGAGUACAACCUUCACUUCAAGCGAGUGCCUGACAUUGUCAUUCUAUUACUACAUGUUUGGCACUGCUACUCAAAUGAAGCUGAAUGUGUAUGCACAGAAACAAGGCAAGUACGGAGUGGAGGACAGUUACGGUCUGGGCCAACCCUUGUUCAGCCUGGUUGGAGACCAGAAGCAAGGCUGGAAGAAGGCAGAAGCCAUCUAUAGAGGAAACGCAGAUAUUCAGUUCAUAAUUGAAGGUAUCCGAGGUGAGACCCCAAAAUCAGACAUCGCCUUGGACAGUUUCUGUGUGGAAAAGUGCCAACCAGGAUCCACAAGCACCACAACAUCACCACCAACUGGACCGACCACCACCAAAAAUCCAGGAUCCACAAGCACCACAACAUCACCAACAACUGGACCGACCACCACCAAAAAACCAGGCUCCGUGACCGCACCCUCACCAAACUCCAGCGGCUCCCCUUUCCUCAGAGGAUAG